AUGCCGAAUCCCUUCGUGCUGGCGAAGCGGAGGCAUACUCAGCAGGAACUUUCGGAUCGCCGUAGGAACCCCAGCGAAGACUUGGGGAUUGAGGACAGGAAUGAGGCAGAGGAUGAGGCAGAGGAUGAGGCAGAGGAUGAGGCAGAGGAUGAGGGAGAGGACGAAGGAGAGGAUGAGGGUGAAGACGAGGAAGAAGAUGAAGCAGAGGAUGAGGGUGAAGAUGAGGCCGAGGACGAAGAUGACCUCGAGGUGAACAUGUCGGAACACGAGGGCCGCGACGGUGACAGUGAUGAUGAUGAUGGUAUUGACAUCGACACUACCGAUUCUUUGCGGCUGCAGCCUGUCGACCAAGACGAUGAAGGGUUUUCUGAAGAAGGCUCUGGAGAAGCCUCUGGAGACGACUCUGGAGAAGACAUUGAAGAAGGCUGGAGACAUGACGAUGACGUUGGCGCUGGUGCUGCAUCCUUGUUGCAGUUUGCUGACGACGAUGACGAACCCCGGCUUCGUUCUGCAUUCUCAGAACACAGUCCUGCGACGGACGAUGCUAGAACCCAUGAUGAUGCAGAUGAAGACAUCGAGCCAUAUCCAUUCGCCACCGCGACUUCCCCUGCACGAAGCCCGAAAGAGGAUGGAGGCUUAUUCCCAUGUCAGCAUCCUGGCUGCCCCCGAAGCAGGAAGGGUAAAGGUUUUCUUGCGAGGAACAAUCUAGUACUACACAUUCAACAGAAGCAUGACCCGAGCUAUCAGCGCUUAUACCAGUCCCAGGCUGCAUCGUCACCAUCUCGAGCUCGUUCGACAUCGGUGGACGUCAGUUAUCGAUCCGAUGGAGAGGCAGCUGCGUCUGCAAAAUCGGAGUUCUCUUCCUCUCACUCCAUGGCAACGCAGGGCCAAGAGCAAGAGUCCGAAGACGACGACAAUGAUCGUAGUCGUGGCUCAAGCCGCGUAAGCUACCAACACGAUGGACCUGAGUCCGAACGCUCUCGUACGCCUUCAGUAAAGCCGGAGGACCUGGAGCUUGACUCCAAUCUGAUGUACGAUUACGGGGAUGAAAUGCCAGACAUGGACGACGAUAUCGCCACAGAGACCCGCAGAAGCCCAACCACUCCAGAGUCUGAUGAUUCCGCAGACCAAGCGGUCGUCGCAACCCCUCGAGAUCCAACACCUCAGCCUGCAACUGCCCGCACAACUGCUGCUACAACUCGACCAACCAUCGGCCAGUCGAGCAGGCGGUCCGGUCCAGUCCCUCCACCGGAGCCGCGGGUCACAAGAUCGGCUACUAAACGGCCUCAACAGGUCGACCCAGAUGCAGGAUCUGGCUCCAGCUUUUCGGACACCAUCGUCGUCAGCCACCACAGGAAGCCUGGCAAAGCUCGCAAACCGUGA